AUGGCCGCCGUCGACGCUGCACCCUCGACGCCUUCCCCUCCUUCUUCUUCCAUCCGAACGCCGCCCGCGCCUCGCCUGGGCUAUCACGACAGCUGGGAACCGUAUUCACCACGCAAAUCCGCGAGACUAUCUGCACAGCGCGCAUCCGCUAGGACGCCUUCGCCGCCGCCGACUACCCGCAAAGCCCUCGCCUCACCUCGCACCGCAGCAAAAUCCAGCGCUCAGAGCUCAGCAGCCAUGACCUCACCGGCUGCUGCUUCUCCGCGCAAGAAGCGCCAGCCUGCCGCCGACUCUGUCCGACGCGUGACCGCGACUCUGGCAGCAGAAGCCACCGUCGCGUCGGGAUCCAAGGAAAAGACCGUGGCCGGUAGAGCUGUCGCCUCGUCUUCCCUCCCGCUUCCCACGCCUUCCAAGACGCCCCAGAAGCCCCCGAGCUCCAAGGACGUCGCCCAGCUUCAGGCCUUUGCCCGCAAUCUGUUCCCUGUUGCCGAGGAGACGGAGCUGUCAAGCCCGCGUAAGAAGCGCUCCAAGAAGUACUCUGCCAUGACGCUGGAGAGCUUCCGGGCUGAGGUUGCCGCGGAGGACAUUGAAAUUUUCACCGACUCUCAAGACCGCAUUCCCAAAAAAGACGACAGCAAGUCGAAUCCCUUCAUCGGCAAUGCCGCCAGUGCAGAACCCUCCAGACGCCGCACUAAGCGCAAGAUUCACGUUCCCGGCGAAGGCUCUCAGUCGGUUGACGAAGUAUCUCGCCGCGAAGACGGCAUGAUUUACGUGUUCCGUGGCAAGAAGUUUUUCCGCAAGUUCUCGGAAUUUGAUGACGGCGAAGAAGACGAAGAACUGGAUUCGGAUGUUGAGGCUCACUUCGCCAAACCCCUCACGCGAUCUUCCAUCAAGCCCCGGCUUCUCUUCCCCGCCAAGGCCCCUGCCCCCAAGACCAAGGCCAUGCUUGAAGAAGAAGAAGCCGCAACUGACGUCGAGGAUGCCGCCAAGCCGGAACCAGAGAAGCCCUCGGCCGUUGUUGAGACGCCCGUGCAAGCCAAGGAAGAGAGGGCUAAGACGCCAGACGCCCCCAAGUUUGCACCCGUAUCUCCGCCGGAAACCAGGCGAACCACUCGGUCCACCAACAAGCUGGCCGCAGAAACCGCCCCGAUCAAGCGCACCGGCAAGAAGAGUCCCUUUGACUCCUGGAUCCGUACCAAGGAGCAUGCGAACCGAUCAGGCACGAAGCGCGCAGCUGCAGAGCCGCUGGCACCGGCUCACGCAAAGAGAACUCGAUCUUAG